UUCGCUUUUAUAAAACAUAAAUGAAGUAACCGUGACACUUAUUCACAUCGUAGUGUUCUGUUGUACACAUACAAUCUGUAGCGAUGGAGCGAAUUAAAAAUUUUGAAGAACUAAUCAGAGACUAUAUCGGUCCUAACAAAACAAUAAUGGAAAGCAAAGCCAGCGAUUUGACGGCGCCUGGAGAAAACUAUUUAAGUGAUAUGAUAAAAAUCGAUGUAGUUUUAAAAGACAAAGUUAGUAAUAAGACUGAAGAUUUACAUUUGGUAGCAAAAUUAGUAACUGAUAAUCAAGUGAUGGGGCCUACAUCUAAUCUGACUAAAGCCGAAGUAUAUUUCUACAAAGUUGUUGUUCCAGCGAUAAAGGCCUUCCAUAAAAAGUAUUCGUUACCGUAUCCGUCGUUUUAUCCAGACUUUAUAGGAGGUAGAAUUAAUUUGACAGGGGAAGCUGACAAGGCUGAUGAAGAUGCUGUUCUUAUUCUGGAAAAUUUAGUAACAAAAGGCUAUAAAAAUCUGGAUAGGCAUGUUGGAUUUGAUUUAGAGACCUCCAAACUCAUAUUGAAAGAUUUAGCAAUGUUCCAUGCUGUACCACUAGCAAUGAGGCUACUAGAACCUGAAGAAUUUGGAAAUAUAACUAAAGACUUAAAACUUCCAUUUCCAGACAAACCACCUAAAGACGAAAAAGGAAAAGAAAGACCAGAUCCACAUAUUUUUGGCAUAUUAAUAAAAAUAUUUAAUGAAAAUAAGAGCCAAAAACAUGUAGCUGACAAGUUUGUUAAAAUGACUGAAUAUCAUAAAGAAAAAAUGACAGGGCAUAAAAAAAAUGAGAGACCAAUUGGAGCGUUUUCGACAAUAAUACAUCAUGAUAUGUGGCUUAAUAAUACGAUGCAAAAGGUUGUAAAUGGAGUUUCAAUUAAAAAUAAGUUUUGUGACUUCCAAAUGUGUGAAGUAAAUUCCCCAACCAUCGACCUUAUUCUCUUCCUUUUUAGCAGUGUUGAAUUAAGCUGCCUUGAAAAUAAUGUAGACAACUUACUUAAAUAUUACCACGAGGAAUUUGUAAAUAUAUUAAAACAGCUAAAUGUUUAUAGCGACGAAUAUUCUUAUACAAAAUUUUUGAAAGAUUUUACAAAUAAUUGUCAAGAAGGUAUGUUCCAGGCGUUAAUGAUGAUACCCACAGUUAUUUUUGGAGAAAAGGGGAAGAUAUUUAAGAUAGGAUCACCUAUGGAAGUUGAAGACGUACCUCCAAUGGCACUUAAAAAACUUAUUCUUAUGUGUGAAGAAGGUGCUAAAAGAGAUUGGUUUUAAUGUUAUUUUUUACUAUUUAAAAUAAAAUUCUUAGGUAUU